UCGGCUUUCCGUAGAUAUGAUUCUGUUUCCAUGGCGAUCAUCCAUGGCGGAUGCUACGGAGUUAUUAGCUUGAAUAGCGAUCGAAGGGAACCGACUGUUUGUAAAUACUUUCAGAUUCGUUUGAUAUCUACUAACUAGGUACAAAAAAAGUUAUCCUGUAAUUUUAGAUGCUAACUUGUUCUUCGUUGCCGGCGACUCAAAGCGUUAGCUUAUUGCUAACAGCUAGCUAAUUAGCUACAAACAGCCUGCGGUGUUUGGGAAGGAAAGCAGUGCAAAAAUGUCUUUCAGAGACCUUAGAAAUUUUACGGAAAUGAUGAGGGCCUUAGGGUACCCGCGCUUAAUAUCGAUGGAGAAUUUCAGGACACCCAACUUUGUCUUAGUGGCAGAAAUCCUUACCUGGCUUGUAAAGAGAUACGAACCUAAUCUUGAUAUCCCCACUGAUGUGGACACAGAGUCAGACCGAGUGUUUUUCAUCAAGGCUGUGGCUCAGUUUAUGGUGACCUAUGCGACAAAGGCUCACAUCAAGUUGAAUACCAAACACCUCUACCAAGCAGAUGGCUACGCAGUGAAAGAGAUGCUAAAGAUUGCCUCGAUGCUUUACGGCGCCAUGAAAACCAAGCAGAUGGCGCUGGAGGAUAUAGUGGAAGAAGAAAACAGCAAGUUUAAGUUUGACCUUGGCUCACGGAUUUCGGAUGUUAAAACAGCUCGUCAGCUGGCCUCGGAAGUCACAUCCAAAGGAGCAUCUUUAUACGAUUUACUGGGGAAAGAGGUGGAACUGAGGAAAAUGAGAAGCGCUGCCAUCGCUCGACCUCUUGAUAUUAACGAGACAGAAAAAGCCCUGAGAGCUGCCAUCAAGGAGGUUCUGCAAAGCGUGGAAAAGACCAAAGAGAUGCUAAAUAAUAUCGUCUCAGAUGAGAACAGCUUAGACGCCAAGAUCGUGAAGAAAAAACAAGACCUGGAGCGGCAGCAGAAGAGGCUGCAGACCCUGCAGAGCGUCAGGCCAGCAUUCAUGAGCGAAUAUGAGAAGAUAGAAGAAGACCUGCAGAAGCACUACGAGGUGUACGUGGAGAAGUUCAGAAACCUCAGCUUCCUGGAGUCUCAACUGAAGGAAUACCACAGACUAGAACAGGAAAAGUUUGAGGAAGCUGAGAACAAUCUGAGGAUAAUGCAGCACAAACUGAGAGAGGAGGAGCGAGAUCUGAUGAGGGGUUCCUUGAAAGACUCCGACUCAGACCUGGACGUUCCAGAGGACGAAGGGUCAGACAGCGACUUUGAAGAAWCUCGGCCCUCUAAACCUCGACUCACCAGGAACGGCCUCAUGGCAGGGAGAGGGGCGCGUUUUAUCGGUAACAUGCAAGGUGGUGACAGUGAUGAGGUGUUUUCAGCUGUCAGCAAAAAGUCAUCCAUUCAUUCCAAAAAACUGCGAAAAGGAAAGAGCGAAGACAGUGAGAUUGAUGUGGAUGAGGAUGACGAAGAAGGCGAGGAUGAGGAGGAUGAGGAGGACGAGAGCAAGGAUUUGGACAAUGACAGUCUGGACGGCUCGAUGUCAAAGAACAACCGACCUUCCAGGGGGGGCGUGAGACCCCCUCUGCUGGAGGAAAGUGAUGAUGACUUCUGAAUGAACACAUGAACCAUAGACUGUUUUGUUUUUCUUUAUAGUUUUGACAUAAACACAAACACGUUCAUUGGUGUUUCUUUAUUCCAGCUCAGGUUUAUCAAUUUUGUAUCAAUUCACCUAUUUAUUCUUAACAUAAAUCGUGUUUUUUUAUAUUUGCUUGAAUUAUUUACCAAAAUUAAAAAAUACAUAACUCUUUUAA